UGCAGGAAACAAGGGUGUGCUAGUCUGUGUCUGCUGGCGCACGUCCGUAUCACCUGAUACCAUUCCCGGGCUACUGUGUCUGCUGGCGCACGUCCGUAUCACCUGACACCAUACCCGGCGCUACUGUGUCUGCUGGCGUCUUAUCCAUCGCAUCCGGGUCUGUUGGUGUUUUACACAGUUUUUCCGGCGUCUAUUGGCGUCUAAUCAGGUGUAUCCGUGUCUGCUGGCGUCCUAUCCGGUGCGUCCGUGUCUGCUGGCGUCCUACCCGGUGCGUCCGUGUCUGCUGGCGUCCUACCCGGUGCGUCCGUGUCUGCUGGCGUCCUACCCGGUGCGUCCGUGUCUGCUGGCGUCCUAUCCGGUGCGUCUGUGUCUGCUGGCGACGUACCCGGUGGGCGGGAACUUAUCUCCGCCUGUGACACCUGACUAAGGAAGAUGACGGGGCGAGGCUGGAGAUGCUGCAGAAUGUUGAAGACAGAAGCCGCAGUGUUAUUGGUGCUGGCUGGGCUCACUGCUGCCAACCACACACACAACGCCAGUGCAGUCACUGGUGCCAGUCAUACAGAGACUGUGGAGAACAGCAUCGUCUUCAAUCCUUCGGGUGGCGCCGGGAGACACAGUGCUGCCAACCACACAGAAACUGCAGAGAACAGCAACAUCGUGAGUCCUUCCGGUGGCGUGGAGAGAUUCAAUGUUGCCAACCACACAGAGGCGGUAGAGAAAAGCAACAGCAUCCGUCCUCCGGGUGACGCAGAGAGAGACAGACGUCAGGUGUACUCUACGGGACAGUUUGACCGAGCCUACAGUGAGGUGUCCACCCACCUGGACUCCAACAUCAUCGUCGAUGGACAGCCCAGCUUCUUCAGAUCGCAAGUCUUCAACUCUGACAACCUGGACAGAGUCCCAGGCAGACCUGUCUUUACAGUAGACACGCCAUUGGCAUCCUGGCAGCCAGUGCUGGGGAAUAGACCUCAGAGUCUCAGUCCUAUUCAAAUAUACAGCCCGAGCCGCACCCCGGCGGCCAGCCAGCCAUUCCUGGGCCUCGCCUCCAGGUCCUACCCACCAGUCACCCCCGUGCCUCUCCACCUCCAGCCACUCCAAACCCCCUCGUACAGAUAUGGAGUGCCGCCCCCCAAUCCUGAAGCAAGGAGGUGCCCAUAUGGCACGGAAUGUCUGCCGCUGGUGAGCUGCGCCCCCUGCUUUCAUCAGGUGGAGAACCAACCCCAGCUCUUCUGCUCCAUCUUCGGAGGUGCUGUUGGCGUCUGCUGCCCCGGACUACCCAACAAAAUCAACCUGCGGCAGGUGUUCUCGGAGCCGGUGGUCAAGGUACCUCAGCUGAGCCUCAACAUGUACGACAUCAACGAGGCGGGCAGGCUUGGGGCCCAGGCGCUAAGGCAACAAGACCGCCUGGAAGAGGACCUGCGAGAGCGACGUGUCCAAGUAGCCAACUACGCCACACCAUCCUUCGGGCACCUUCAGUUCUUCAAGACCUCGCCCCUCGCCGUCAAGAUUUCCCGAGACGCUUUUGUCAACUCCCGUGCUACCUCCUCACAAAUUCUUCUCCACAAGUUUGAUCUGACUCCCCUGGAGGCUGGGUUUGGUCUGCAGCAGUUUGACCUGUCCACCACCGUCCUCUCUGAGACCUGUCCGAGGGACCCCGUGUGCCAGGAGAAGGACAGGAUCUACCGCACCAUCGACGGCUCCUGCAACAACCUGGACCACCCCAUGUGGGGCCAGGCCAGGACCGGCUUCCAGAGACUCAGUCUUCCACACUACAGCGACGGACUCUCUCGGCCGCGUCGGAGUGUGACGGGUGGUGAACUACCGUCUGCCAGGCUGGUGUCGACCAGUAUUGUGGGCGACCAGGACCGACCCAGCCCAGACCUGACCCUCUCCGUCAUGCAGUGGGGUCAGUUCAUUGACCAUGACCUCACCCACACUCCCAUCAGUAGGCUCGGUAACAUGAGCGGGGUGGAGUGCUGCAGCAACCAGGGCCGUAGCUUUGUGGAACCAACAUUACUCCACCCAUCUUGCCUCCCCAUUGAUAUCCCCGCCAAUGACCCAUUCUUCGGCGCGAGUGGUCGCCGCUGCAUGAACUUCGUCAGGUCUGUGCUCGCCCCCAGAGCCAACCCCUGCACUUUAGGAUUCGCUGAACAGAUGAACCAGAUCACACACUACUUGGAUGGGUCGAACAUCUAUGGGUCGAGUGACGAAGAGGAACAAGAACUGCGAGCGUUCCGAGGCGGCCUCCUGCGGGUGCAGGAGAGAAACCUCCUUCCACCUGACAAUGAUGCUAUGGAGUGCGAGUCCCUCAGGGAAGGACUUCCUUGCUUCAAGGCUGGAGACAGCCGCCUGAACGAGCAAUUGAACCUGGCCGUCAUCCACACAGUGUGGGUGAGGUUCCACAACCGCGUCGCCCGGGAACUGGCCCGUCUCAACCCACACUGGUCAGACGAGAUCAACUACCAGGAGACCAGGAGAGUGGUAGUGGCCAUGUAUCAACACAUCGUCUACAACGAGUGGCUCCCUCUUGUCAUUGGCAAGGACUACAUGGCCGAGAAUGGACUACUGCCGCGGCGGGAGGGCUACUCCAGGGACUACGACAGCGGCCUUAACGCAGCCAUAAUGAACGAGUUUGCAACUGUUGCCUUCCGUUUUGGCCACACCCUCGUCCAGGGCAUGAUUCAGUUGGUGGGCAAGAAGGGUAGGCUAGGAGAUACCCUCAUUAUACACGAGUUCUUCAACAACCCUCGCCCCAUAUACAGGCCUGGGGGUAUGGACGAGCUCCUCAGGGGCCUGGCCACACAACCCAUCCAGCAGUUCGACAACUUUGUUACUUCUUCACUCACUAACAGGCUCUUCCAGACUCCAUCGGUGCCCUUCGGGUUGGACCUCGUGGCCCUCAACACCCAGCGAGCCAGAGACCACGGCGUGGCCCCUUACAACGAUCUACGAGCCGCAUGCGGACUUCCUAAGGCCAAACAAUUUGAAGACCUACUCGAUGUUAUUGGACCGGAGGUGGUGCAGGUGUUCAAGCAGCUCUACGCCUCCGUCGAUGACAUCGACCCCUUCGUGGCCGGUAUCUCCGAGAGGCCCGCACCGGGGGCUCUCCUGGGACCCACCUUCAGGUGCAUCAUCGGCGACCAGUUCACCCGCCUGAAGCGAGGGGACAGGUUCUUCUACGACCUGGCGGACAAGCCAGCCACCUUCCCCCCAGAACAACUCAACUCGAUCCGGAUGAUGUCUUGGGCCCGCGUCCUGUGUGAGACUGGAGACAUGUUGGGCUACGUCCAGCCCCUCGCCUUCCGCCAGCCCCGAGGACUGAACGAGAGAGUACCUUGUGACAGUCCAGGCAUCCCGGGCCUUGACCUCACGCCUUGGCUCUCCCUGCCGAUGCAAUACUGACCUCCACACCGAUGCCCAAGUGUUGUAAACGAAACAUUUUAUUGUCAUAAUCAACAAGAAGUGCCAUCACAGUUGUCUUCCUCGCUGACACUGUACAGUGCCAUGUUACCAACCUUGGUUAUGACUUGGCUCGUGCCUCACACAGGAAUAACUAAUACCUAGGCCUAUCACGUUCUUAUGCUCAAGAGUAUGAUCCUCAAAAACCCAACGAGGUACUUAAGCAGGCACCAGUGAAGAAUAUUCAGGGAGGAACACAAUACGAAGAACAAAAGUUAAACUUAUAAUUAUAAUAACUUAAAAUGACAAAUUAGCUCAAAAUGGACUUAUUGAUCACAAUUAACUAUAUAAACACAGAUGGACAUAUAAUAGAAUACCAGACCAAUUAACCACCCUACGGUUAUGAACACAACCAGACAAUACUUAAACUGACACAGAUAUGUUGUCAACAGACCUCUCUACUUGCUACUGAGGGUACCAGCCGCGCUCCUCUCCGACAGACGAAUGUCUCCCUCACCUCUGAGUUGCCUACUUCCGAUUCAAUCUUUUUAUUAAUAAAUUAACACACUACAAACUGAAAUAAUUACUCUCAAACAAUUUACAAUAUACAAUCAUACUAUUUCACUCAGUCUAAUAUGGAUAACUAAAAUUAUAACAUUCUUAAAUGGUUUAACUUAAUAAUUACUUAUAUAUAAGGAUACAAUAAGAUGGGCAACACAGACAGCCUGGCUCUGCCUCCCUCUCUGUACACGUAUGAUCACUGGAAAAGGACCUGCAUAAUACCUGUACUCUUUCACGCCAGCCUUUCCUCUCAUACACUAUAUGGUAUAAUACAACAUACCAUAUUGCCAUACACCCCAAUACAUCAUCUAUAUAUAUAUGGAGG